GGCCAGCUGCAUGGCGAGAAGGGCAUCUCCAUCCCGGACCACGGCUUCUGCCAGCCCAUCUCCAUCCCACUCUGCACCGACAUCGCCUACAACCAGACUAUCAUGCCCAACCUACUGGGCCACACCAAUCAGGAGGACGCAGGGCUGGAAGUGCACCAGUUCUACCCACUGGUCAAGGUGCAGUGCUCGCUGGAGCUCAAGUUCUUCCUCUGUUCCAUGUACGCGCCGGUGUGCACAGUGCUGGAGCAGGCCAUCCCACCAUGCCGCUCCAUCUGUGAGCGGGCCCGCCAGGGCUGUGAGGCCCUCAUGAACAAAUUUGGCUUCCAGUGGCCUGAGCGGCUUCGCUGCGAGAACUUCCCCCGGCACGGUGCUGAGCAGAUCUGCGUGGGGCAGAACCACUCUGAGGAUGGUGGCUCACCGGCACUGCUCACCAGCGCCACACCGCUGGCCGGCCAGGGCACCCCAGGCGCUCCCCGUUACGCCACCCUGGACCACCCCUUCCACUGCCC